AUGGUUAAGGAGGAGUGGAGAGGUUUGGGGGAGAUACAGUUCACAGACAAGUUGAAAGUUUUGACAAUUCCGUUAGAAAAAUGGCAUAAGGUUUAUUUUGGGGAUAUGGACAAGAAGAUUACAAAGUUUGAGGAAGAAAUCAAGAAGAUUGAUGAUUUGGUAAGCAAUGGGAUGUAUGAUGGAACGAUGGAGGCUAGGAGGAGGGCGCUGGUUACCUGCUGUGAGAGGUGGUAUGUCAGAAAAGAAGUUCAUUGGAAACAGAUGUCUCGGUCUCGGCAAGCAAAGGAGAUGGACAAAAAUACACGAUACUUCGAUAACAUAGCUUCAGCAAGAAUGAGGAAUAAUAUGAUUGAUAUGCUGCUAAUUAACGGAAGACUAGUCAGAAAUCAAGCUAGACUAAAAAUUGCUAUUAGAGAGUUCUACAGAGAUUUAUAUCACCAAGAGAGGUCUCCAAUAGUUGGUUUAGAGACGGUCUGGUGUUGGGGUGAGAUUGGGUAUGAAUUCAUGGCUGUAGUGAUAGGUUUCUUUCAGACAUCAAGGUUGCCGGCAGACUCUAACAUCACUUGGGUGGCAUUGGCACCUAAGUUCAUUGGGGCAAGGGAGAUUAAAGAUUUGCGACCUAUCAGCAUGGUUGGGUGCGUGUACAAGGUUAUCUCCAAGGUCUUAGUCAGGAUAAUGAGAUCAGUGAUGCUAGUAUUAGUAGGGGAAACUCAGAGUGCAUUUGUAAAAGGAAGAAAAAUUCAUGAUGGAGCACUUAUCGCUUGUGAAACUGUAAACUGGAUCAAACUGAGAAAGAAGGAGGCAGCAAUAAUCAAGCUUGACUUCCAAAAAGCAUAUGAUAGAGUCAAGUGGAGCUUUGUGGACAUUGUAUUGCAAAAGAUGGGAUUUGGCAAUAGAUAG